ACUGUUUUGUCCAAUUAACUUUUUUGGAUUCUGAUUUUGAAAAUUUCCGAGAUUCCUGGACUAAUAAACUCUACUCUUCCAGGAAUGAAGAGACGUUAGAAUCAUUCAAAUCUUUUGAAUUUUUGCUCAUCUGGAUUUCUCCAUUUUCGUUAAUCAGCAAUGGAGACGAAGAAAUCAAACCAAAAUCCGGCUAAGAAGCCACCCGUGGAGCCAACAAUGGAGCACGUGCUGGUGGCAUUACGCGAGACCAAGGAGCAGAGAGAGAUCAGGAUUCGGAAACUGUUCGAGUUCUUCGACAAUUCUAAAGUAGGGUUCUUAGACGGUACCCAGAUCGAGAAAGGUCUGUCUUCGCUUAGCAUUCCUCCAAACUACAGGUACGCUAGUGAUUUUCUUAAAGUCUGCGACGCGAAUCGAGAUGGCUGUGUGGAUUACCAGGAGUUUCGUCGUUACAUGGACGCCAAGGAGCUUGAGCUGUACAAGAUUUUCCAGGCUAUUGAUGUUGAACGUAAUGGUGACAUUUGUCCAGAGGAGCUUUGGGAGGCUCUUGAUAAAGCUGGCAUUAAAAUUAAAGAUGAGGAAUUAGCUUCUUUUAUGGAUCAUGUUGAUAAGGAUAACAAUGGAAUUAUAACUUUUGAGGAGUGGAGGGAUUUUCUUUUGCUAAACCCUCAUGAAGCCACAAUUGAGAACAUUUAUCACCACUGGGAAAGGGUAUGCUUAAUAGACAUUGGGGAGCAAGCUGUUAUACCAGACGGUGUAAGUACACAUGCUCAAAGAAGCAAAUUACUUCUUGCGGGAGGAAUAGCUGGAGCUGUUUCUAGAACCGCAACAGCGCCUCUGGACCGUCUGAAAGUUGCUUUGCAAGUUCAACGAACGAAUUUGGGCGUUGUCCCGACCAUUAAAAAAAUAUGGAGAGAAGAUAAGUUGUUGGGUUUCUUCAGAGGUAAUGGGUUGAAUGUAACCAAAGUUGCUCCUGAAAGCGCCAUAAAGUUUGCUGCUUAUGAAAUGCUGAAACCCAUAAUUGGGGGAGCAGAUGGUGAUAUUGGUACAAGCGGGAGACUUUUGGCAGGUGGAUUAGCUGGUGCAGUAGCUCAAACGGCUAUAUAUCCUAUGGAUCUUGUGAAGACUCGGUUACAGACUUUUGUGAGUGAAGUUGGGACACCAAAGCUGUGGAAACUCACAAAGGAUAUCUGGAUUCAAGAAGGACCCCGAGCUUUCUACAAGGGUCUUUGCCCUUCUCUUAUUGGGAUUAUCCCUUACGCAGGAAUUGACCUUGCUGCUUACGAAACUCUUAAAGACUUAUCGAGGACAUAUAUUGACACUGCCGAGCCUGGUCCUCUCAUUCAACUGGGAUGUGGAAUGACGUCUGGUGCUCUUGGAGCAUCGUGUGUUUACCCGUUACAGGUCAUAAGAACAAGAAUGCAAGCUGAUAGCUCAAAGACUAGCAUGAGCCAGGAGUUCCUGAAAACACUAAGAGGCGAAGGUCUAAGAGGUUUUUACAGAGGAAUCUUUCCCAACUUUUUCAAAGUCAUUCCUUCCGCGAGCAUUUCGUACCUUGUUUAUGAAGCUAUGAAGAAAAAUCUGGACCUUAACUAAAGUAGCAAGAAACCUAGUGUUGUUGUGUUCACAGAUAUAACACUGAAAACUCCUUGAUGAUGGCGAAAAAGACACUUGAGAUAAUAGGGGCUUUCAAAUGGACUCGGUAAAGGUCAUUCACCUUGAUUUGAUUGAUUCUUCUUCAGUAGUUUGGUGGUGAAGUCUAUAAAGAGCCCUUUAUUUAGCCAAAAUUUUCCCGAGAGAAUAGUUUUGUAUUGUAUUCAGUGUUGUAUGCAGAUAUCUUUCGUCACUAAAAAAAAAUUAACUGAUUUUUCCCUUUGUAAGAGAAAGCUUUUGUGAAUUUGGUGAAGCUCUUA